AGAUCACUUUGACAGCGUAACUGGCAGCAAAUCGAGAGCUGCAUGCUAAAAACUUCCUAUAAGUGUCACUGUGUGUACGCUGCAGUGCAGAUUUCCUGCCACCUCAACUAUAUGGUUUUUAUUGUGUAUUGUCGUGUGACUUUAGGGGCAGAUGAUGUCUGAGUGCUACUGGUAGGGCCUGGCUGCUGUGGUGAUAGUGUAGAAAUGGAAGAAAAUCUAGUGUCAAACAAGGAUUCUUCUCAAGUCACAGAUGUGAAGAAGGUGCAUCAUAAAUCUGAGACCAAGCGCUACAGUGAGAUCUUCAGAGAGUUUGAUAAUCUUGAUUUAUCUUUAAUCUCUUCUGCAGGGGAGGAUCUGCUGGCAGACAUUGACUCCCAGUCCAUCUCAGAGUCCAUCUCUGCAGAUAGUGCGGAGCUCACAGAGCAACAAGAUGUGUCUAGUGAAGAUGCAAUUUGUCCACAGAUACGUGCUGAAGGCAAUGAAGCAGAUGGAAACCAAUCAGCCCAGGAAGCAGACCUGGCCCUCUGUCGCUGCGAGGAUGGAGUGGAGACAGCGCUGCAGUACGCCAAGAUGUGGUGCCGCUAUGCCAAAGACCUUCUUGCCUGGAUGGAGAAGAGAAUCAGCUUGGAACAAGAAUUUUCAAAAAAUAUCAUAAAGACAGCAGAAGGGGCAAAGGCAAAUGUGGCACAACAGGAAAUGAUGCCACUGCAGUACAUCUACACCAUGGCUCUAGAGCAAGACAUCAAGAACAGCGUGACCUCUCGAAGGACUUCUGAAUUGCUACAAAACCGCUGUUACCAGGCCUUGGCUGCCAAGAAAAAUGAGAUCGAUAAGUGGCGCAGAGAGUUUAAAGAACAGUGGGCAAGAGAACAAAGGAGGAUGAAUGAAGCCGUGACUGCUUUAAAAAAGGCCAGGCAACAGUACUUCCAGCGGUGUGAUGAGCUUGAAAAGGCAAAAGCUGUCACUGCUAAAGCUGUGGAGGACACAGCUGGGAUGAAAACACUUGAUAAGAGGAGGAAGUCUAAGGAUGAAGCCCAGACUAAGGUGUCGGAGGCAGAGCUUCUGUACAAACAGUGUGUGAGUGAUGCCAGGCUCCACCAAGACGAGUUAGUGAAGGUCAAAGAAAGAAUUAUUUCUCACAUUCGCAAGCUCAUCUGUCAGGGAGACACUGUACUCAAGGAGGCCACAGUCAACAUGUUCUACUACCAACGGCAGCAGACAGAACCUGUUCCCCUUGGCUAUCACAACCUGGAGCUGACAUGCAGAUCUCUGGAGCCUGGCGAGCCCUACCUGCUUUACAUCUUGAGCAAGCGCCGCCCCGAACAGCCUCUCCAAGUCUUCAACUUUCAGGAGUAUGCUCCUCAGGGCAAAGGCCACAAACGAAAAACCAGCGGCGCCCUCAGCACUCUGCAGGACUCUUCACUUAUAACAGAUGACGUUUGUUACAGACGACCCGGAGAUGGAAGGAAAACGGGGCACAGUGACAGUGAGAGUAUUGGAGGAAGUCAAGAAUCUCUGUCCAGUCCUGCAAACAAUAUUUGGAGGUCACCCAAAUCCACAUCCACUGUGGCAGUAUCAUCAGACGACCCCGACGACCGGGAUGUGGUGUCAGAGUCAGAGUACCUUGAUGGCCAGCCAGUCAAAGUGCGCACAUUUUCUCGGGCUGCACUAACACACCGACUCAGGAAAAUGAAGAGCAAGAUGGUCAAAUGCAAACAAUGUGACAACUACAUUGUUGUCAGUGGGGUUGAAUGUGAGGAGUGUGGGCUGGCUUUGCACAGGAAGUGCAUGGAGGUGUGUCAGCUAGAAUGUGAGCACAGGAAAGGGACGGUGUUCGGAGUGGAUCUCUCUCUGCUGCAACGUGACAGGCCAGACGAGGUCCCCUUUGUGGUGCUGCGCUGCACGUCUGAGAUUGAGAGUCGCGCUCUCUCUAUCCAGGGGGUGUAUCGUGUGAGUGGGUCCAAGCCUCGCAUUCUGAAGCUCUGUCAGGCCUUUGAGAUGCAAAAGGAGCAGGUGGACCUCUCUGACCCCUCACCCCAUGACAUUACCUCUAUCCUUAAGCACUUCUUUAAAGAGCUCCCAGAGCCCUUAUUAACCUUUGACCUGUACAACGAUUUCAUCGCGGUGGGAAAAACCAUUCAGCACCUGAGUGAAAGGGAGGCACCACCAGACACUAACGAGAUAAUGGACGUCAUUCACAAGCUGCAAAAGCUACUACAGAAGCUUCCCACAUAUUGCUACAGCACUUUGCAACACCUUAUGUGUCACCUGCAAAAGGUUUCAGAGAACUUUGAAAACAAGAUGUCACCGAGCAACUUGGGUAUUGUAUUUGGGCCAACAUUGUUGCGCCCCCUGGUAUCUACAGACAUGCCAAUGAUUGCCCUGUUGGAAACCAGCUACCAGGCUGUACUUGUUGAGUUCCUCAUCAAGCACCACGACAAGGUUUUUGGCCUGCAGAGACCCAGUACACCCCCUCCUCCAGCCCCCACUGCACCUCUUCCAGACACCCCACCCAGAGCUUCCUGUUCCGUAGAAGGGGCCGUUUAUGCCGACUUGGAACAUGAAGCUUCCUCCAGAGAGCGUCCACACUCACUAGAAAGUCGAACAAUCAAGAGAGACUCAAGCGAGGGUUAUAUAUCUGACAAGUCUUCAUCCAAUGAGGCAGUGGACCAGCUCAGCCCUGAAGCCAAUGAGAGAGCAGUCCUGGCUCUGAGAGGGACAUUGAGUGAUCCGCAUGGUGGGUCAGUGGUGGAGCCUACCCCAGAUUUUGGGAUCCAGCCACAACAUCGCUUCACCAGACAGCCUGUGAAGUAUUACCGGCAUCAUAACCCAGGAACCCGACUCUCUAACCCAUGUCGCACAGCCAGACAGCCUGCAUCUCCAGCGAUGGGCCAUCCAGGGAGUGCAGACAGCAGCCGCAGCUCGUCCCCAGAGCCAAGGAUGCAGAGACUUUCCCAAAAUUUAGAUGUCCACUUUGAGAACACUUGCCAGCUCAAGGAGCCCAUUGCCACAGAGACUAAAAUGGAUGCCCCACUAAGCCCUCGUGAGGUUGUGCAGUACAUGCUGGGACUGGACUUAGCGUUUACAUCACCUGUAGCUGCAGCAUCAUCAUGUACAACACAGGCGCCUACUCAGGAAGCAGCCGCAAGGUGUCAAACUGAUCAGAAUAUAAACCUGACCAGUAACAGACAGAAUGCUGGUCGAAGCCAUGCUCUGUGUCAGUCACCAAAGACAGUUCCUACUGAGCACCACCUGACCUCACCAGCCCAGAAGAUCCUGUCUGGUCUGAAGCUGAGACGCAGUCACUCAGGGAAGGAUGAGCAGCUCUUUGUCUGAGGAAAUAUAAAAAUCUCGAGACAUUUCACUAGAAUGCAUUGACACACUGGAGGACUGCAUAGUAUUAUUGUUAUUGUGUGUAACAACAGUUACUAGUAUCAACAUUCAUGUAGUUAUCAUAUAAAAAACCCAUAUUUUACGCACAGUUGUCAUCUCUGUUGCACAACAUUGAACUAUGUUCAUUUACCAAAAAGCGAAAUGUUUCAAACUACCAUUUAAAACAGAGUGAAAAGUUCAGGCCUGCUGCUUACUCGGGUACGGUAACCUUAUUACCACCUAAUCCUAUUUAAGAUUUGAUCUGUCGACCAUUUAGCUGCCUAAUACCCAGAUCAGACAGGAGAGGUUCAGCUAUUAAUCAGUUUUUAUUACUUCUAGUGUAUUUGAGUGUAGGAAGCACGGUUUUAAAAUGGGAGGUGACAAGAUGCAAAGUGGCACUUAAGUAUCAAUAUUUCGUCCAGAACAAACUACACUGGGAAUUUGUAAAAUACAAAUGUUUUCAAGUUUGUUUUUUAUUUUUAAGAUAUUAUUUUCUAUUUUUCAAAAAUAUUUUAGUCUGUUCAUAUUAACAUUUUUGUAAAGCACAGAGAUAUGUCUUCACUGGUGUCAUUGCUAAGUUUAUUUUUUUAGUUUAAUGCACCUUUCCUGUUUCACCACAAGGGGGCGAUGUUCUCUCAGUGUGAAGGAAAAACAUGCCAGACACAAUAGUAGAAGGAAAAUAAACCGUUUAUUCCUAA